AUGAGUCGAUAUAACGAUGAGAUUUUAACCUCAGAUCCAAAUAAAAGACUUUAGGUGCCUCCAGGUGUCAAGGAAGUCCAAGUCUUUACCUAGACUUUGCAUAAGCUGAGUAAAGUUAAUGUGCCUAAGCUAGCUAUUGAAAGAAUGGAGAACUAUGAAAUUGACAAAAAGGAUAAGGAAUAUAAUAAGCUGAUUAAUGAUAACAAAUACAUCAAGCUUAAAAUUCCAGGUAGAACUAAUUAACCAAAGAACGGAUCGCCUCGAAAAUCUAAACUAGAGAGGAGUAUAUUACCACACAAUGUAAUGUAGGAAUUACAAAAUGACAAAAGCUAAACAGCAAAUAACGAUUAGCAGAUGACUAUAAUGGAAGAAACUGAAUUGAGAAGAAAAUAAAUAUUAGAGGCUGAAGAAAGACUGAGGAAUAGAAAUAAAAAAUCUCAAAGGGAAUUGAUUGUCAAGAAUCCUUUGGGCUACAAGGAAGAUGAUUAUGAUACUAAAGUGUAUAAGAAUCAGAUAAACAAGAAUGAUAGAACUAAUGAUAUAUCUAUGGUAGACGAAGGAAAAUAAAUGGUCUUUGCACUUCCAUCUAUAAGCACUAAAGGGGCUAAAGUACUGCAUGGACUUGUUAAUCAAAACAUAAUUAAGGAUGAUAGACUCUAUAGGACUCAAUGUAGAUCAGACAGAAAUAAUCUAAAUUCAUCAAGAAAUUUAACUCUGACAAGAUGUGCAUUUUACCCGCCCACUGAGUUUUCAAUAAUAAAGGACAGUUUUAUUAAGAAACUUAACGUAAAGGAUGGUAAAAGUGGAGAAGAAAGAAAGGGUAAUAUAACCAAUCAGUCUAAGAAUAUGGACUUUAUGAAUCACUCCACAAGCAGCCUAGGCUAUUCACCAGACAGAAAGGAAAAUGACAGUACUGUUUCAAAUAGAUCCCUUACUUAAAGACUUCCUAGGAAUAAUAGUAUUAGGAGAAGUAGAACAAUAGGCUCAUUCUAAUUGACUAAUUUGUAGAAAAUGCAUUAGACAAUUUAGCAUUUCUACAAUCCUAAUGAUGCUGAUGAAAGUGGAAAAAUACUAAUAAAUUUAGUUGAUAACCCUCGAAAGACCAUAAAUUUGAGCCCAUUUCGAUCUCCUUCGAAAGCAGCGCAAGAAACAUUCUCCCUCGAACUGAAUAAGCUAAAUUAAGGGAUAUCAGCAUUCAAUCUAUAUACACCUAACUCUACAUCGAAAUAACAACAGAUGUCUCCCACAUAGCACAAAAAACUACUAAUGCAAAGAUAGAUCGAAAAGCAAUUUGAGAUGGAGCUAAAGAAAUUUGAGGAGCCAUUGUAGCCGAAUAAAUUUGCUAAAGCAGUAGAUUUCUUUUAGCAAGCUUAUGAUCCAAAUCAUGAUGAUCCAUUUAAGAGAAAAGUAGCCUCGAAAAUCCUGUAGCAUAUUAAUAUGGGAGAGUUGAAUGAAAAAGUUAGGAUGCUAGGUGGAGGUUCUCAAUCAGGAGCAAGAAGAUUGCAGCAAUAUGAAAUCUUUACCAAAAAACUCACAGAUAACGUAAUCGAUAGGAUUAAGAAAGCUAAGCUUAUGGCUCUUGACAAGAAAAAUGAGAUUCUAUCAAUGCAAAAUUAAAAUCAACCAAAGAAGAGAUUUAAUUCUUAGGAUGCUAGAGCGUAAUCCUAGUAAAACCCACAAAGUGAGAAUAAGAUAACAUUGCCUCUCCACAUCAACCAGAAUAAAAAUGGACUUAGUAAAUAAUAAUGA